GGGCAAUUAAAGAUUGCAUCGUGAUAUACUCCCGAAUCACCUGUGCAAGCACAAUCAACGCGGAGAAGCGUGUUUCCUCUCCCCAGGUGUGCACCGGACCAAACAGGCAAUACGGAAUGAUCGCAUCCUCUGCGCUUUAGGUUCAGAAUCUCGGUCAAUCUUACGUCUAAUGCGACGCGAAUAGCCCACGACAUCCCACUACUCACCAAGCUUCCGUCUACAUCUACGAUGUCGCGUUCGUCACCGGUUCGCAGGAGCCAAUCUCGGGCUAGCCCUGAGAGAGGCUACAUGUCCCCGUUUCUCUACGAACGGCGCAACCAUGAAGCCUCCCAUCUCGAUGCAUUGGCGGCAGCACAGCAAGAACACGAGCGAGUCCGCCAAGCGGCCAUCCGCGUCUACGAACUCCAUGAAUUGAAGGAGGAGCACGAGCGAAUCAUGCAACAAGAACGAAAAGAACAAGAAAGAUUAAAAGCUGAAGCCAAGAUUGCUGAAGAAGCAAAGAGGCUGCAAGAGCUCCAGGCCAAGUCGAUACCGAAGCCUGCGCCGCUACCACCAGCGCCGGAACCAGCUCCUAAAGCUGCACCAAAGCAAACGCAAUCGCCCGAGAGGCCUGCCGCCACAAACACAUUACAGCUCGGAUCUCCAUUCGCGCCGAAGAAGGUGGAACCAACCAAGGUGGAAGACGACUCGCCUCUCAAGCCCCAGUCUAAUGGCCUGUUUUCAACAACGCCCAAAGGCGAGCCUACAUCUUCUCUUUUCAAACCCGCAUUGAAUCAAAACACCGCUACUCCCACAUCGAAUGCAUUCGCACCAAAACCUGUACAAACUCCAGCCCAACUACCCCCAGCCGCCGCACCGCCGAAACCACAAGCACCUAGCGCACCAGCCGCACCUAAAGACCCGCUGCUGGACAAGUAUGUGCAGAUACAUCAGGAGCUGAAGAAGCUUCGAAAGGAACUCAUGGCACAGUCCAAGGUUCCUGGAUCACCUCUUAAGGGCCAAAUGGGCACUUUUAGAAGAGAGAUUAGAGUGUCCAUUGGCCAACUGACAGCCGGCAAAGGCGCCAACACGCAACCAAUUAGCAAAAUAACAACUGCUCUAAAGGCGGCGUUGGAAGGCCAAGUGCCAAGCCCACCCAUUGACGUAUCCGCGUUUGUUGCAGACAACCGACAACCGGAGCAAGGCGCAGCGAACAACGAGCCCACUAUGCCCUCGCUCUUUAUUUACCUAAUGAACAUUUGCGCCAAGGGCAUCAUCAGCCAAUUUAUCAAUGAGUGCGGUGCAAACCCCAAGGCAGCAGACCCUAUUGGAGUCUUUGCUGCCCACAUCUUUUCUCACAAGGAGUUUCAAUGGCGCGGAAAGCCUCUCAUUGACAUCAUGAUGGCCAAGUUCCGCGUCGUCUGUCCCGUGCUAUUCGGCCUGCGAGGUAACGACAAGACUGAGCGAGGCCGCCUGAACCUGGGAUGGAGAAAAGACGGGCCCUCGUGGAUCACCGAACAGAGCCAUAACGACCGAAUGGCUGGCCUAGGCGCUGGUUUCGCAUCAAUUGCGCUCCGUGAUUUCAGCAAGUCGUCCAAGUCGAAUCCGUACCCCCCUACUCAUUACUGGAGAGCGCUGGCGGACAUCGUCAACAGUCCUGCUGGCGAAACCUCUAAUACGCAGUACGUUGUCGCACGUGCCAUGAUUGAUGGACACGAAAACCGCUUCAUCACAUUCUACGGCAACGCUGCUGUCGCUGCACUUCGUUUUGCUCUGAUGGAUUUCCCGAAAAAGGCCCCCGAAGGCUCAUCUGCUGCCGGCUCGCUAACUGCGUUGGCGGAGGUGCUCAAGACGGAGGUUGGACUUGCCCUCGCAUAGAGUGCAUCUGUUAGACACUGAUUGGCCACGGCGUUGAAAAUUAUACAGGUCCUUUUUUACGAGUUGGAUUGGGUAUAGCAUCUGGAACUAUAAAUGGCGUCACAUGUACAUAUUAUAUAACAUCAUUAGCCUCGAAGUAGGCAUCAUCUUGAACGAGUACUGUUGAAAACAAUUGACAAAAGUGAAAGUAGAAGAGCAUACACAAGCGCAAGUGAUGGAAACCAUAAUUCGUUGUAAUUUAAACUGUGUAAGUGUCGUCUCUAUAAAUGACAUCCAAUAUAGUGUACAUCUCUUUGUGUAUAUCCCUUCAUCGUACCGCUCCUAUGCUUUGAAUCGGGGCCUAAAGUGGAAAAAAGAAAACUAAACGCCGUAUGCAAGGCUAUGUUGAAAAAAACCAUAAAGGGCGCCUCGCAAAAGGAAAAAACCAAAUGAACAAAAUUAUGUGCAGCCGCGUAGACGAAUGGUGUGGCUCUAAACCAUCAAAAGCAGCACGAGCAUGACAAUGAGAACAAAGAUCAGGACGGCGAUGAAGCAGCUGCUCCACCGAUCCUCAUUGGCCCUGACAAUGUGCGUCAGCUUGCUCAUGCCUGUCUGUAGUCUGCCACCCACACGGUCGGCGAUAUUGUCCACCACCUCGAGCAUUUCGCGCUGCUCCUCCAGCUCUCUGCCCAUGUCGUCUGCUUGUCUGCGCAGGUUGCCGACUGUGUGGAAGACACCGUCGAGGUGUGUAUCUUGAUCGCGCAUGAUUUCCAUUUGCUGCUGCUGCUCGAAUUGUGCGUAGCCAUCCUCUUCGCCCUCGACAGCAAAACUGCUCGGAUCCGGCAGGUCACUACCACCACCGCCGCCGGCAUUGUCGAUCUUCUUUUGCAGCUCAUCGCGCAUGUCCUCGACCUCGCCGCCGACUUCUUGCACCAGGCGUUUGCGCCGAAUGACCUCAUCAGUAGAGAGACCAUACUGGGCAGGAUUGGAUUCAACGGCCUGGACCGACGCUACAAGGUCGGCAAGGUCUUCGGCGAGUGUAGAGAGUGCAGCUUCGAGGUCGGUGCGCGCGGAGGCGAGCUCGGGCGAUACGGAGCUUGUGAGAGAUCGGAUACGAAGGUAGGAGGCAAAUAACGGGCGUGUUGAUGAUAGCUGUGCUAAUACAUCUCUGAAAUGCGCGCAAUGUGGGUUAGCUCUGGGCAUUAAAGUGUUGCGACCGUGGCACGCCUUACUGUUGGACUUGGAGGAAGGGGUCCUCCUCAUUCGUCGAGGACAUCAUCCUGGCGAGGUUAUGAUGAUGUUGGAAUCAUGGAUUGUUUAUAAUUUCCGCUGUGCAUAGACUGUGCGAAGUCAGAGACGGAGAUUUGAGCGUUGGCGAGCCUGAAUUGCAGCGAAGAUGCAGAAGCCAAAGAUACCAGGAGAGGCGUCGCGGCGAAUGACGUUGCAGCUUGCCGCUCACCGAAAAGGUA